AUGUCACCAACACAACCAGGUCUAUCGAGAUCGUCAUCAUUAUACUAUAAUGAAAUCAAUAAUCCUAUACACUUACAACGUUCAGCGAACAGUAUGGCCAGUAGUAGUAGUAAUAAUAACAUCAAUAAUAAUAAUAGUAAUACUUGUCAAUCUUCUACAAUAAUGAUGAACAAUUCAUUGAAAAAUUUAGAUGGUAAUAAUAAUAUCUCUACUACUAACAGUGUUGGAUUGGAUGCAGACUCUACACAUUUCAAUAAUCUAAUUUAUAUUCUACACACAGAGAAAUAUCCUGA